AUGCUAGAGACUGGUGGUGCUGCUGCACCUGAUUCUGAGCUCACUUUGGACACUGCAAAUUGCACGCAACGAAGCUCUAACAGCACCCAAAGCAACUGCAGCACCAGCUUCAGCCGUCUUUCCUUCGACCUCCUCCCCACCUCUUCGCCGGAAAAUCUUUCCCUCAAGCCUCACCGCUCCUCCGACUUUGCCUAUUCCGCCAUCCUCCGCCGCAAGACGGCCCUCACCUUUCACGACUUUUGCCUCAUCCGCCGCAUCGGCGCCGGAGACAUCGGCACAGUCUACCUCUGCCGCCUCCGCAACAGUGACAAUGAAGACGAACAAGAAGAAAAACUUAAUCCGAACUGCCUGUAUGCUAUGAAGGUAGUGGAUAAAAACGCUGUGGCACUAAAGAAAAAAUCACAGAGAGCCGAAAUGGAGAGAAGGAUCCUGAAGAUGCUGGACCAUCCUUUUCUCCCUACCCUCUACGCCGAGUUCGAAGCCUCGCACUUCUCUUGCAUCGUCAUGGAAUUUUGCUCCGGUGGAGACUUGCACUCCCUCCGCCACAAGUUUCCUCACAAUCGUUUUCCCUUAACUUCUGCAAGGUUUUAUGCUGCUGAAGUGUUGGUGGCAUUAGAGUACCUUCACAUGCUGGGAAUCAUUUACAGGGAUCUCAAACCCGAGAACGUGUUAGUCAGAUCAGACGGUCACAUCAUGCUCUCCGAUUUCGAUCUUUCUCUCUGCUCAGAUGCAAUCCCAGCCGUUCAAUCCUCUGAUUGCUUCCACGAUACUUCCUUCCCGUCCGCAUUGCAAUACUCUGCCACACACACUACCCCGUUUUCGUGCUUCCCCAAUCGGAUGUUCCGAUCACGUAAAGUCCAAACCGUUCAACCAGACCGGCUCUUCGUGGCCGAACCGGUCUCCGCUCGAUCAUGCUCUUUCGUUGGGACGCACGAGUAUGUCUCGCCGGAGGUAGCAGCCGGUGGAUCACACGGCAAUGCCGUAGACUGGUGGUCAUUCGGGGUAUUCAUCUACGAGCUAAUAUACGGUCGUACGCCGUAUGUGGCUCAAUCGAACGAAGCUACACUGCGAAACAUCAUAAAGAAUCCCCUGAGGUUCCCUACGGCCACGCCCUCUAGCGCGCUUGAGCGUCACGCGCGGGACCUCAUCUGCGGCUUGCUUCACAAGGACCCUGGUCAGAGGCUGGGUUCGAAGCGCGGCGCUGCUGACGUCAAGAAGCAUCCGUUUUUCAAAGGGCUCAACAUGGCGCUGAUUCGUAUGUUGACGCCACCACAAGUCCCCGGCUUGAAAAGACACAAAACGACGUCGUGGCUGACAAAGGACGAUAGUAAUAAUCUUAUCAGCAACAGUAACAAACAGUAUUCUAAGGCGUCGUUUGACUAUUUCUUUUGAAGAGUAGCAUCUUGGUAUAUUACCGCGGUUCUUUUUUCUUUCUUAAUUACUAUGGAAUGACAAAAAUAAAAGGGCUGAAUAUGGUUCUCUGUUUCCUCUUAGAGAAUGCUUUAGGGUGAGAUAAUACUAAUU